AAGAAAGGGUGACCUUCAAACUAAGAGAGAGCAGCGCGCGAGAAUAAAUAAAAAGUUCUAAUGAACAUUUCCUGUUUAUUCGUUAGUGGAGUUAAGCUAUGAAGUAUAUAUUUGAUCAUGCUUUAAAUGUAAAUAUAGUCGCGAAUUGGUAUCGAAUAACCCUGUAUCAAUUGCGUGUGUCAUGACAAGACAGUUUUCUUUCUGUACUACACGCCUUUUGUCCAGAUUAAUUAGUAAACCAUCUGGUGCCCUGAAGGACGACUGAUUUUAUUAAGUAGAACAAACUGGACUGGACAAAUAAACAUGACUAAAAUUAAUUGGACUGUGGAUCCUAGGUUUCAGUUUAUUGACGUGAUGUCUUUGACAGUGACAGACUGUUUCUUUUACGGAAUAACUUUAGAUGAUGAACAGGGUUAUUUUUUGACAAGGCCAAAACGCAUUCUUAACAUUAAUAUUAAGAUUGUAAGGUUAAUAACCCGUCUACCCGUAGACAGCUAAUAAUCAAGAUAAAAAAUGAAAGAAAGAAGCAAAAUGCGUCGCAAAAUGUUAGUUGCCAGAUUUUAUUUGGGAGGUUCUAACAGGAAAUGCACCACUUACUUUGACUCGCUUGAUGCUUGAACUAGUUUAGGGGCAGUCCUCACUGUGUGACUGGCUUAGAGAUUCAGCGCAGGACAAAUUCCUGUAGUGUUGUAGUGCUGUUUAGCAAGUUCCUUCGGGUCUCCAGCAGGGGCGCAACCAACACAUUUAGUGCAGUCAACAGUUAUAGCUGCAUUGUUGAUUGGAGAGAUAUAUUUUUAGAUUUAUUGUAGAUAUACACAACUUACUGUGUUUUUAGUAGUAGUAAAUAAUCACAAUUAAAAUCCUCAUUAUUGGGAAUAUUACUUGUCAGUGUUCAGUAAUGCGGUUUUAGUGUUUCUGUGUUCUUCACACAGAAAACAAUCUGUGUUCUGGACCUUGGUUCUGGGAAGCACAUGGACCGGAUAAUUUCCUUUUAAGCAAAUGCUGAUAGUGCCAAACUCGGAUGGGAAGACUCUGGGCCUGAUCCAAAAUAGGAAGAACUGCUGGGUCGUCUCCAGCCGAUGCAGGAUUUGUUUAUAUUCACUCCAUUUCUAAAGGGGAGAAGCAGAUUUUGGGGAGGACCACAGUUUGAGCUUGAGUGCAGAAGCGCCGCAGACUUGUUGAUGCUUCAGUUCUACCUGCAUUCCUUUUUCGGUUCAAUUAUCAAUGCAUAUUCAAAGCAAGCUGAGAAUGAGCUAGUGGUUCCUGUUCGGGUAAAUAUUUCAGUUAAACGGGCCAUUUACCAGCUGAGACGGGGAGCAGACGGUAAAUGUAAACAGUGUGUAAUCCAGAUGGUUUUGCUCAGGUCUGUAAAGACAGACAGAAGAGCCUCAUUGUUGUUAGUUUAAGUGUCUUCUAGUGACUUUUAGUGUUUGUAGGUGUGUGUAAUGAUAAGUGCUUCAUAUGUUUACUCAUUUACUUAGAUGAUACAUCACAUGUUUUAUCUAAAUUUUAGAUUGAUGCUACUCGAUUUAUUCAAAACAACUGAAAAGAGAAAAAAAUAAAAUGCGAGUAAUUAAUAUUCACUUAAAUCGACACAAAUAAAGGUAAAGAGGAAAAUGCUUACAACCGUUUCCUCCACAGUUUUCAAAAUAUAUAUUUUUUACUUUUGCGUUUUGCUUUAAAUUUCACGUCUUAAGACAAACUUCAGUAUUAAUUUCGCGUGGUGUGUCACCGCUCUAUCGAUUACUAAUGACGGCCGUUCUCAUUCACUUUGUCGAAAAUUGACUUUUUGCAUUAUAUUUUGGAAAACGCGAGGCUUCCGCAGCAGUUCGGUGAACCUGAAAGGCGCAACAGCUGACGGACACCGCACGUCCGCUCCGCUGCUUCGGCGCAUUCACCGCUAUUAUCAUUCGUAAACACGUAGUGCGUCUCCACCUCCGCGUGUAAAUGCGUGUGGUUCUCCCCGCACUAAUCAUCACUGAAGGCCCGCCGGCCGUGGAGAGGCUCGGCUCGUGAUCUGCCGUCAACCGGGAGACGGAACCGGAGGUAGGACGACGACGAACGGACGCGCUCCAUGCGUUGGUUCUGAAUUCUAGAAGCGUCGUUUCUACCGUCGCUGGUGUCGAUCUCCGUGUUGUACGCGUUACCGUCGCCUGCUUUUCAAUUCGGCGUGAAAACACGGAUAACGGUGCGAACUAUGAGUGGUAGGUUGACGGUAAUAUAUAGACGUGACACGGAGGUCACAGUUUAGACAAAGGUAAAAUAGACCCAGAGUUUCCUGUGUUUUGGUUCCGGGGUCGUUGGUGCAUGUAGCGUAUAGUAGAUGUGUUGAUAUAAAUAAUGGGAGAAGUGCAGCAGAAGUAUGCAAAUAUUGGAACACGGCCACAUUUCCUCGCAGCAACUAUAAGGAUGGCCAUGGACUCCCCUCUGUCCCGGCGGCGGCGCCUUCGGGCCGAGCUGCUGCGGCGCCGCGAGCACCGGCCGCUGGUGUCCUGCCUGCGCGGCCUCUACGGCUGCCAGUGGAGACGCGGCGGCGGCGGCGGGACGCGGACGCGGCCGGGAGACUGCUGCUGCAACAAGCUGGAGGGCGCCAGUUUUGCUCUGCUCGCGGCCGCCUUCUCUCUGACCCUGGUCUUUCUCUACUUCUGGGGUCAAGCCGAGAACGACUACAAUGACUUCGACUGGUUUAGCUUUGGGAGCUUGGGAUUCUGGUUUCCAUGGUCAGUGGUGCUUCUGGUUGUCGCAGCCGGCUUCUUCACUUACGCCACAGUGCUGAUGCUGUUGGCCGUGUGUUUGCUGUCCGAGGGCCAGAAGCUCUAUUUACACUGGAGCCACAAGGUGGGGAUGCUGUUGAGCUUGACCUUCUCCAUCGUAGCCACGGCCGUCCUCUCGGACCUCUGGAGCAACGAAUGGGCCACUCUGCUGCUUUCCUUCCAGGUGACGGCGCCGUACCUCCACGUGGGCGGGGUCUUGGCGAUGACGAUGCUGGCGUGGCCCACAGCUUCGCAUUUCUUCCGAAUGAAGAGCGGAGUCAUACGCGGCCUGGUCGUGGGCGUGUACCUCACCGUGCUCUGCACUCUUUACGUGGUGCCUCUUGGCUUGUUUUCUCCUUGUAUCAAAGAGAAGGGCACGCUGGGCCCCGCGCCGGCCCUCAUUGGCCACAGAGGAGCCCCCAUGCUGGCUCCAGAAAACACACUGAUGUCCUUUGAAAAGGCCGUGGGAGCUGGAAGCGAGGGUCUGGAGACCGACGUCACUAUUAGCUUGGAUGGGGUUCCCUUCCUGAUGCACGACCACACACUGCGACGGACCACCAACAUUCAGGAGGUUUUCCCCAACCGGUCCGACGCCCCGGCGGCCAUGUUCACCUGGGCUGAACUGCAGAGCCUGAACGCCGGCUCCUGGUUUCUGUCACACAACCCCUUCGGCACGGCCGGCUCCCUGGGAGCAGAGGACCAGCAGCAGGCGGGAAACCAGUCCAUCUGCAGCCUGCAGGCCUACCUCCAGCUGGCCGGCCACGCAGGGAAACUGGUGAUCUUUGACCUCCACCGCCCACCCAUGGGACACCCGUACAGGAACCUUUACAUCCAACGCACGCUGACGCUCAUCCAGAAUGAGUGCUCCGUUAACUCCUCACAGGUGCUGUGGCUGCCAUCAGAUCUGAGGCAGGAGGUGCAUCACAUUGAUCCCGAGCUCCAGCAGACGUCGGGAAGUCGUCUCUCCCUAAACGAGCUCCAUAGCAACCACAUCGUGAAGCUGAACCUCCACUACAGCUACAUGUCCCCCGAGCUCGUUAGUGACUACGCUGCGGGGAACGUCACCACCAACCUGUACGUGAUCAGCCAGCCGUGGCUCUACUCGCUGGCCUGGUGCAACGGCGUCCACUCUGUCACCACCAAUGCUCCCCAGCUCCUCAGCACCAUGACGGCCCCACUCUUCCUCAUGAGUCCAGACGAGUAUAACCUGAUGUGGAUUCUCACAGAUCUGCUGUCCCUCCUUCUGAUCCUUGUCAUCUUCAUCUUUCACUGGUGGCGAGAGAGAGAACUGGCUUUUAGUUCAGGCAGCACAAUUACACCAGACAACGGCGUUUACAGCAAGUUCAAAACAGAGAUGAGUGACAUAUGGUCAGUGUCCAGUACGAACUCCCGGGCAGAGAUGAUGCCCAAUCUGGCAACCGUGGCUGAGCACCAACACUGCUGAACCUGGCAACACUGAGCCUGCCGUGCAACCAUGCUGCCAAUCUUCAAGGUCUUAAAAUAAAGCGUUUACUUAAAAUAAUAAUAAUAAUCUAUAGCAGCUAGAUGUUAUGUUUAUGUCACUAUAAAAGAAACUGUUAUUAGUUGAUUAGAUUGUUCUACUGUUCCAGUUACUAUUUUACAGAUAUGACUGAGACAAGGUGCAGACACGUCUUUGCAUCAGGUGCAUAGAUCGGUAAACAGUAUUAAACAAGCUCACUCUUCUCUUUGGAAAACAUCGUUUAUUCAUGUCUACAACAGAAUAUCUGUUAAUCACAUCAUGGAUGAAACGGUUCCUCCUUAAUAAACAAACAAUGAAAAAUGA